AUACACGUAUUAGAUCUACAGUUAGGUGACAGUAGGUGAUAAGUUCAAAUACUCUCAACAAUUACUUAUUACAAUAAAUAUUAAACAAACGACAUAAUAAUGGUCUGAAAAGAUGAUUUAAAAAGCCGACAGCAUUGGAUUGUUAUACAGCUCAAACCAAUGCCCCUUAAUUUGCGUUGUGUUGAGUGUGAAGGAGUGGGAGGCGCCAUGUCGAGAGAUUAGGUAGCCUACUGAAUUUCACUCCUGAGAGCAGUUAGUGAUGAUGGGGCACUCUGAAAGAUGCCCUGACCUGAAAACCUUCUGGGAUAAGAAUACUUUAAAAUGUGAAUUGUGUUCUGUACGCCCAGGAUAUGGAAUCACCCCUAACUGUGGCCAUGGCGACGACGGAUCUAAACAUGAUGUCCCGUACAAAGAGUGCAAAGACAAUACGUUUAAUGAUGGCAGCAGUCCAGAUUGUCAAACUUGUGCCUCAUGUCCGCCCAGGUUUAUCAUUUCGAGCCCGUGCAGCACAACUACUGACACGAAGUGCGAAGAUCCAGGGACGACCACAGUUCCUGUCACAGUGAGUAGGCUGACGCCGACUCAGACAAACCCAGGAUCAGGCUUGAAACCAAAUGAAGCUACUACAACUCCCCUCUCUUCUAAUGCAGGCCUAUUGUGGGCAGUGCCGUUGGUCAUCGUAAUUUCCAUCAUGCUUGUUGUGUUAUGUGCUUGUCUAAUCUACAUGAAGAGGAAAAGAGGCCAGCCCACAGUGUUGACAUAUAGCAGAAGAUCAUCAUAUGUCAAUUCAGGGUUCUCUCCUCUGCCUGACCCACCUGGUAACAAUGAUCUGGAGGGGAUUCUGAGUCCCAACAUCCUGUCAGCACCUUUACAGACAGUGCUGGACAACCUGGAUGUUUUAGAAGAGCUGGUGAUUCUAUUGGAUCCAGAAAGCCGGGGAGUAAAGAACACCAAACAUCUGGCGUCUCUUUGCUCCUUCCCUGCCACCUGGAUUACUUACACCUACUCUAUGAAGGAGAGUAAGAGCCCUCUGAAAGCCGUGUUGGAGGGAGUCACCAGCAGGCACCCUGACUUGACAGUAGGGUACCUGGCUAAUCUACUCAGACGUAUGGAGCGCAAUGAUGCCAUUGCUGUUCUUGGGAAACUAGGACAGGAUGUGAUGCAGGUGUAAUAGUUAUUUCACCUGUGAAUGCCAAAAGCCUUUUACUGCAGGGUUUGGACUGUUAGUACAUGUCUGCAUUACUCUGAUCAUUUCUGUGGAAUCCACAAAGAAAUGGUGGAAAAGGAGGCUUUUUGAACAAAUCUGUAGUAACACAAAGGAAAAAUAUAGGGAGUGGUUGUUAGAAUAAUUAUAUUAUCAAGAUUAGACAGAGACCACUGAAGAGAUAUUAAAGUUCAUUUUACUCAAGAACCCAACGAGGAGGCUUCUCCGCGCUACGGAAUAGUACAGACAAUGACCUAACGAAAAGCUCCUUACAGCUACUUUUUAUAAUAAAUGUAAUAAAUCAUGAUACACAGUAGAUGUCGUCAAUUGUUAUCUUGUCAGAGUCGAUGACGUCUCCCCUAUCUGGUCUGGGAGGGCAUGUAUGCCCUCAGGAACACACCGUGCUUUAGACAAGGACAAUCAAUGGCUCCAGUUAUCUUGUUUAGUGUAUUCAGUAUAAUAUUAUUCUAUGCAAACAGUUUAAUAAUAACAAGAAGAGAAAGUAUGUAAAUCAAAAUUUCUUUAACAGUGGUUUGAUGCAGAAUAGAAAAAAAUGAUUAAUCCAUUAAUUGUACAUAUCAUGUUUAGUUCACUUGUCACAAGGAGUACUACUCAAGUUGUAAAAACAGCUGUACAAUGUCCUCUGUGGUUCUAAGCAGGGACUUUUUGUUGCAUUCUGGGAUUUUUUUAUUGGCAUCAUCUUCUAGAGCAUAGCCUGGGAACUGGAUGAUCUACAAGCUGUUCUAUUUGCUCUGGCAGAUACGUCUGGCCCCCAUCCCAUUCAGACAGAUUUCUAGCCGAGCUGGCCCCUCCAACGCAGUGCACCAGGCUCACGAAACUCAGAUCAAACUGUCAAACUAGGCGGUGCUGAUCAAAUACUGUAUGAAUCAAGAUCAGCGUUAUGUCACACGUUUCGUUGCUUGGAUUGGUUGUAGGUCUAUCCAAUUGCGUCCAGAGGCAUUUUGGUCUAGCCCCUUAGAAAUCAAAAAUGACUAGGUUCCAGACUAAUACGCAUUUGGGAAUUAGUCUGGCAAUGCCAGGCUAUAUAGAGCAUAGAUUUCACACAUAAAUUAGACACAUAAAAUGGCAAAGGGUAAAUGUAGUGAACAACAUAGUAAAUAGGAAAGGGAUAUCAAACAGCCAUUGGCAUUUAUUGGACAGAAGUGUUCUAAUGAAAGAUAUUAUCAAGUUGCAUUAUGGGAAGUGUAGGAUAAAUUUUUUUGGAAAUGUGCAAUACUAAAUUAACACAAUAAAUGGAUAAAGUGGCAGCUACUCUGCAUUGCAAUUUCAUUCAAGCUUGGCGCUCUUCUCUGGGCAGCAUAAAGAGGUUUAUAUGUAUAGAAAUAUCUCUGAAAGGACAAUAGUACUAGCAGAACUCUAUUUUGUGCCUUGAAGUACCUGCAUUUGUGCGCAUGUUGAGCUAAUAAAAAGUUUUCAUUUUUCUGCAUUGAACCCCUCCUUUUUUUCUUUGUACAACUAAAAGUUCCAGACAGCUUCUAUCUUCUAAUCUUUUUACAUCAUAUUUACCCAGCCUUUUCACAUUAUUUAUGCACAUAUUGAAAUACAAUUAAUAGUCUAAUGAAUCAUUUUUUAAACAAAUGUUAAUUUAGUUAUUUUUUAAAGCCUCUUGUAACAUGCCUCCAAAUGAGUAUCAGGGCCACAUUGAGGGGGGAAAAUAUCUGAUAAAGUAGUAAUAUUUUGAGAAAAAGGUGAAAUUAUGAGAAAAAAAGUUGUAAUUUAAUCAGAAUAGUCAUGAUAAUGCAAAAAAAGGUCGCAUUACAGUCGCAAAAUCAGCAAUGGUAAUGACCAUAAGUUACAUGCACCAGUUAGCGCCUUAUAGAAGGAAAUAAAACCAGUCGCGUGAUGUAUGAGCAAGAAAUCUUUUUUUUUCUUUGUACAACUAAAAGUUCCAGACAGCUUCUAUAUUCUAAUCUUUACCCAGUCUUUUCCAGAUGUGCUUUAAAGUGGGAACCGCUGACCUCAGGGAACCUGGUUUCCUCCAGGCAGCUGAGACAAGAGCAUCAGAAUAUGAUUAGGCCUCAUUCGCACAUACUCAGGCGGUCUGGCAAAAAGGCAAGUCUUCCCAUUCAUUUGGAAGGGGGUAGUGCAUUUAAGCUGCUUUAAAACAGUACGAGGGUAAAAAAAAACAAAAAACUGACCGUUUCCUGCAACAAGGUCCAGCACAAAGCACAGUCCUUCCGUUUCUUUGCUUUCUCUGUGAAAUGAAGCUGGCUUCAAUUGCAGUAGGAAAUGUCAAGAUCUACAAAUGAUCUGACGGAAAACAAUAAUUGUGUCUACUUGUGCUACAUUGGGGGUUUAAAGAACCCAAUAGGAUGUCACACAAAUGAGCCAUUUGACACUCCCACACUGCCGCACAACCCUGUGCCGAAUCACUGGAAUGCCUGAUCUAGUGUGAAUGAACCCUUAACGUCAAUAGGCUGUAUGUAAAUAUGACAAAGGCAGCCAAAAUCUAGUCUGCUGUAUUUCUCUGUGCUCUGCUGACAUGGUAGUAUCCCAUUACAGGCCGACACAGCAACACCACCAUCAGGACUUCUUGAAAUAGUAAUAAUAAACUUUUUCACCGGAAUAAUUACAACUUCAUUCUCGAAAUCUCACUUUUUCUUCUAACAGUGGUCCUAAUAGUGUCGUACAUUAUUAUUGUUUCACAGGAUUAGUUUUUCUACCUUCACCUUUUAUAAUAAAAAUUGAAUUUCUUCAAACAUCUUAACAUCUUUAUUAAGCAAAUAACAUUAUAAAUAAAAAAGUGCAUAGAAAAAUUAAACAGGUUUAGAAAUAUGUAUACAAAUAUUUACAAACCCGGGGUUUAUUUGUACAUGGUAACAAAGACGUAGAUUUAAAGAUCACAUAUUUUCGCAUUUUUAUGUCUUUUACACUUUAAAAUAACCCUACUAUAUAUAUAUAUAUAUUUAUAUAUAUGUGUGUAUAUAUAACAUACAGCUUUCUUAACAGAUUCUGGGAGAGAUGGUCAUGAUAACUUCAGGUUUUGACUAGUGCUUUCCAUCCUUCAUUGCAAACACACGCACAUACAAAAUGACACAAACAGACGCACGCACACACUCACCAGCUCUGCAGGACAUUAAAACCAAGUUACUCUUAAAUUAUCAUCCUCUAUUUGCAUCAGUAUUCCCAAACAUCUGUGUAAACAGCUGAGGUAGAAUCCUUGCAAGGAGUUGGGAGUGACUGCGCUUGUUGUCAGCUAGGUGAUUGACACAAGUUGUUCUGGGCUCCAUCCCAGUGAUUGGACAUGCAAGAAGGAAAGGGGAUUAGGAUCAAGACAAAACAUGGUGGGGGGAAAAAAGAUGAUCAUGGGCUGGGGGAGGCAAACAGUGCUCACUUUACUCCUGUGGCUGAUUCUAAGACAGUCAGUAAUCUACCAUAACAAAAAAUAAAAAUUAUUUUUUAAAAAUACCUGCAUUAGAACAAUUUCUGUCAUAAAGGCUUGAACGCAUGCCAAAACUGCCCCCAAAAGAAAAUUCAAGUAAAUUAGUUUAACAGAGGACCUCAGUUGUAAACAAAACAAAUAGGGGAGAUCUAACACACUACACCGCCACCGUUUAUACAAAGCACAACCUUUUACCAUUAAAAAUAUAAAUCAAAACAUGAAUAAAUAUAACUACCAAUUUGAACAGUGUGUGAAUUAGAUUAUUCUCAUCAAUGACGGCACUGAACAUCGACUAAGAACAACAUUAAACAUGAUUUUAAGGUGCUGAGUGCAUUCUCUCAGCUCCUUUUCAGACUGAAUGUUUUCUUAAACAUCUAGAAAGUCUGUGCAGGUGCUGAAUACACACACUCAGUGGCGAUGCUUUAUACCAGUGCUCUCCCUGAUUAAGAGGCAAACUGUAGCAGGUUUCAAAAAGAUGAAGAUAAUUUGUACGUUUGAUGGUUAUUUAUGUGCAACUUUAGGGCAGCAACGUCUUAUUGCAAUAGGUAAUGAGCAUCUGCCAUGAGAGUAAUAAAAUAUAUAUUUAAAAAAC